CUCAUACGUACACGAACUAUAAUAGCGUGAUAGGGUUAUCUUUGAGGAUCUAAUAUCACGGAUUCUGCUCGACUUUAACACAGGAACGAUCAUGGAGAUGACCGUGUUUACUUCCAAAAAUGUCAGGAUCGUUCUUCUGUGUAUAGGUUAUCUGAACAAUUUGAAGUAUGCAGGCAACAUAUUCUGAUGUUUUUGUGUAGUGAAACCACCGACUCGUUGACGUUUGUUGUUAGGUUCCAAUUUUUAAGUCCCAUUUUUAUUGAUUUAUUAGAUUUGUCACACAGUGUAAGCAUGGAUGUUGUUCGAGCAUUGUCUGGCCAUACAUCAGCCAUCAAAACCCUAGACUUUCAUCCAUACGGUAAUUUUGUGGCAUCUGGUUCUAUGGACACCUUAGUAAAGCUUUGGGACGUUUCUCGUAAGGGGUGCAUUAAUACAUACCGGGGUCAUACCGGUUGUGUCAAUAUGAUUCGCUUUUCUCCUGAUGGAAAAUGGAUUGUAUCCGCUGGUGAUGACGGUGUUAUCAAACUUUGGGAUUUAUCAGCUGGUCGACAAUUGGCUGAAUUAACUGGUCACACUGGUCCCGUUGUAGCAGUUGCCUUUCAUCCUACAGUCUUGCUCUUGGCAUCAGCUUCAGCUGAUCAUACUGUUCGGUUGUAUGACUUGGAAAAUUUCGCACAAGUUGCAGUCAGUGGACCGGAAUUGAAUGCUACAAGCGUACGGCGUAUUGCAUUUCAUCCAAGUGGACGUGUUUGUAUGUGGCUACAAAUGACUAUCUUCGAAUAUACGAUUAUGAGAAUAUGUCUUGUCUAG